AUUACACAAAUCACGUUACAGACGAAUACCAGGACAAGCAGCUGACAAUACACAAUGCUUGCCAAGCUAGGCCUUAGUCACCAAGAAGAAAAUCCCUACAACUGCAGGUUGAAAAAAACUAAUUGCUUUAACUUCUAGGCAAGAUGUUCUGUAAGAGGCUACUAAUCAGGUCUGCUGUUUAAACGUGAUUGGUUUUGUUUGACGGGGUUUUGAGAUCUUUUUCAUGAGCUGUUGUUUAAUCGAUGGACUCCAAAAUCAACCCUCGCUAAAAAUAUACCUUUGUGCUGCGCGGUGACAGUGUAUUAACCAUUCCAGAAUAUAAGGCUGUGUCCUCAGGCCCACUAUUAUCCAUAAAAAGAUUGCACAAUUAUAUUACAGAGAACCCAAGCGCUGCCAGCACAUCAUUUUAAAACAUUUUGGCUUGGUAAGCAACAAACAUAUGCAGCUAAAGGGAAGAGCAUUAAAGCGUAAGAUAAGUGAAUCAGAUGCAGUCCAACGAAAGUCAAUGUAUCAGGCAAUGACAAAUGGAGAACGUGAGAUACUUCGCUGAGCUAUGCUGACAUGAGAAGCAGCUGUCUCUGCAGCCUCACAUUACUGACCUCUAGCAUUCUACUACUGCUGCACAAGAACAAUACAGCGUCUUAUAGAUGAGCAUUUCUUAAUGAACACAUAGAGGACAUUGGGAAUGUCUCAAAUGUUCGGUAAAAAUGGUGGAAGCUUACUUUGAACAGAAAACGAGAGAUGGGCAGCUGCUAAAGAUAGGUUUGAAGAAUUAAACCCAUGCCACCUGUUCUUGGAUUACAAUGAACAUUUCAGAAAUGCAUUGCACUCUAAUACAGUUAAGUAAAUCGAGGUGAGAUUAAAUAAAAUGAGUCUAGAAUUCUGACAUCACGACUCAAUCAAUUAAUUUUAUGAUAUUUUUGGUCUUCCAUGGUUACUUUUUGGAAGUGUGACAUUUAAGAUACCAGUGAAUAAUCAGCAAUAAUGAGACUUGCCUUUGUGUGUGUGUGUGUGUGUGUGUGUGUGUGUGUGUGUGUGUGUGUGUGUACUUGUUCCUACUACAUUGUGGGGGCCAAAUGUUCCCACAUGGAUAGCAAAACCUUACAUUUUUUUGAUAUUGUACUAGGGAAGGAAAUUCUUAAAAACAGUAAAUUAUGUUUUUCUAAAGGGGACCAAUACAAAAAGAUUUUCUGUAAUGGGUAGGUAUAGGGUAAGGGUAUAAAAAAUAUAAUUUGGUCAGUAUAAAAAUAAUAGAAGUCUAUGGAAAGUCCCCACAAUUCACACAAGCAUGUUUGUGCGUGUGUGUAUCUGUUUUUCUAUUCUGUUGGGGACCUAAACCUAAAUUCACACAGACUCAUGGGGACCAGGGCAAUAGAAUAUACGAUCUGUACAGUUUAAAAAACAUUACGCCUAUAAAGAGUCCGCAUUAGGAUAGUUAACCAGACAUGUGUCUCUGUGUGUGGGCUUGUUUUUCUACCCUGAUGGGGACUUAAACCUGAAUACACACAGAAUCAUGGGGAUUCCUGUCAUGGUGAGGACCUAAAAUGAGGUCCCCAUAGGCAAAGAAGCUAAUAAAUCACACAGACGUUUUUUGAAAAUUUAAAAAUGCAGAAAAUUUCCUGUAAGGGGUAGGUUUAGGAGUAUGGUCUGUGUAGGGUGAUAGACAAUAUGGUCUGUACAGUAGAAAAAGCAUUACGCCUAUGAGAAUCCCCACAAGGAUAGCAAAACAAGUCUGUGUGUGUUUGUUUUUACUUAAGCACCUUGAUUAAUGUUUGUAAUUGUAUGACGAAGAGACGAGAGACAAUACAUUUCAAUUGCUUUUUGAGUAUGCCCUCUAAAAGAAAAGAAAGAAAAAUUGUGAGGAAGUUGAAUCCUGCCAAAACUGAGUGCGGUACAAAAAGAGAAAAGCCUUUCUGCUAUUACGAUUGUAAUUACAUUGAACAUUUGAUCCAAAAAAUUUAAGAAAUAGUUCACCCAGGCUGUUUUGGAUCACCAUUGACUUCCAGAAAAAAAAUACUAUGGAGGUCAGUGGUGACCCAAAACAAUAUUUCUUCAAAUAUCUUCCUUUGUGUUCAGCAGAAUAAAGAAAUCUAUACAGAUUUGGAGCUACUCAAGGGUGAGUAAAUGAUGACAGAAUUUCCAUUUGAACUAUUCCUUAAAUGUAUAUUCCUUUAAUUCAAAAUAAAACCAUUGCAUUUGACCUUCAUAAUACAUUAUUGUGAUAUGAAAUGGUACUGCGUGUGCUCACAAAAAAUUAAGAAUAAAUGAAUGAAUGAAUGAACAAACAAAAUCAGUUCACGACAUAGUCCUUUGUGAAUUAUAUAAUGGCAAUGGCCUAGACAACAUCCGAGUGGAAUUUACCCAAACUCUAUUUCUUGCUAUGCAAAUCUACAAAGGGGGAUGGGAAGCACAGUGUAUCGCAGUGUAAUAAAAUUCAGAGUAGAUGGGGGCUGAGGUCAGGCUAUGUGUGUUGAAGUGGGGUUGGGGGUUCAGAGUGUAAGACCCCAUAUGGAUACUGAAGUAAGUCUGGGUUUAAAGGAGAAGAGGUGGGGGAAACUGGAUCGUGCACAAAAGCUGGCUUCAUCUUUCUCUUCAGUGUACAUACAAAACAUGCUAUUGUAUUCCAGACCCACAGAAUAUAGAAGAAAAGGAGGGUGAUGGAUAUGGUGUUACAUGGAUGCAUUAUGCAACAUGUCCUCUUUGAAUGAACACACACAAGUGUAAACACACUCACACACAACGUAGAAAGACUUGAGGAGGGGGUGUGUAUAUAUAUAUAUAUAUAUAUAUAUAUAUACACACACAACUAUAUCAGUCAUGCAUACAUACACAAAUACAUGUUUUUGGAUGUAUUUGUGGUUUUUGAAGGUAUAAAUAUGUAUAUUAGAUAUUACAAAAUGUGUGAUAAGAGACACCAGUAUUUGAAGUACAUUUAUAUACUGUAAAACUGCAGAUAAAAUGGAGACGGAUGACGUUUUAUGAUGCAGUCCAAUGCAGUGCAUGGAUGUUUUUAGUACCACAUUAUGCCGACAGUGGUUAGAUUGUCUGUUGAAACCUAUCAAUUAAAGUUGAAGUAAUGCAUCUACAUCUGUGUGGGAGUAAAUGGUCAGUUAUUGCAUUGCAGUGCAUGUUACGUUGCAUAAAUUAUAUUUACAUCAACAUAUCCGUAAUAAACGGUGUAAGUAUAGGAUCACAUGCCACACACAAUGCUCAAACCUCUGUAUGUACACCUGUCCAUCUGACAGAUGGGAAUGGGGGAGGGGUGGAGAAGAGAGAGAGAGAGACGCUGGGAGAGAAAAUGGGUCAGAGGAAGAAGCAGAGGAUACAGAAAAAGGACGCACAUGUCUAAUAAAAAUAGAAAGAAAAAUAAUCAAGCAGACAGGAUUUAAGAACAAAGCACAAAGCUACAGGGGGACAUCGACUAUGUUAAUUCUAGAUGUUAUUUUAAGCACACUACAAGACGACAAAUUCUUGAUCAGAUGAAUCAUAAUCACAUAGCUGUGAAUCUUAAAAGCAUUGUUAACAGACAUGACAACAAUAUCAGAGUUGCCAAAAUGUCUGUCUGAAUGUGUUUGGGUAAAUGCAUCCUAGGUUCUACCUUCAAAUCUUCCUAUGGUAUCGGCUUUUUUCAAAGGCUUUGAAUAGUCUUUAAGAGGAGCAGAUGUUAAUGGCUCAUAAAUAACUCAAAUGGGUUUGUUGAGGGUCAGAACAGGGCACAGGUUUGUGUGUAAAUGCGUAUGUGUGUCUGUGUAAGAAAGCAGAAAAGAGAGAGAGAGAGAGAGAUAAAGAGAGCAACAGAGCACAUGGUGUGGCCUGAGUGUAAAUUAGGACCAAUGCCAUUUAUAGGAGAGAAGGGACGGUGGCUAUAUAGCAAGAGGACAAAGUGACCUACACACUCACUAAAUGACCUGCUAAGAGGACUGCUUUUCUUGUUGGAAACUAUGCAUGGUUUAAACAUUGUCUUAUAAGCUCCAUUUGCAUAUUUGUAACUUUUAUAUUAAUGGGGGGAAUACAGAUACAUUUGCAUUGUCGACCCUAAGUUAGUUACUAAUUUCUAAGCAAACAAGACUUAAAAGAAAUGUAUCAAUGGCUCCUAAAACGCAAUCCAAUCUUUAUCUAAAAAAGCAAAAAUGUGACAUCAAAAACUUUUUAACAGAUACAUGCAGCAUUUUCAGUGUUAAAGUAAUGCUACAAAAUAAAAUUGUACUGUUUUAACUGUUUCUAAUCCAGUCAUUUCCAUAUAUCUACUUUUUCUCAUUUCCUUUUAACAGUUUCUUUUUCAAAAGGUAAGUGUCUUAAAUCACACAGUGAGCCACCUACAAUCAAUCAUCUUUAAAAAAAAGAAAAAGAAAUAGAAACCAUGUGAUAGAACUGAAAGAAAACAAGUUGACGGUCAAGAUGAUGGUGGUGGUGAUAAUAUAGAGGAUGAGAGAUUUAAAAACACCUUUUAUCAUUUAGUUUUUUUGAGUAGAAAAUGAAUGCCACAAAACAAGUUGCUAAACCCAACAACAAACGCAAUCAUAAAACAGUGUAAAUACAACUCCAAAACUGUAAAACAUUGAACCUUAUUAAUUGUUCUAACCCAGAGCAUCAUGAGAACACCAGUAUACCAGUAUGUGUGUGUGUGUGUGUGUGUGUGUAUAUAUAUAUAUGGCCUCUUACAAAUGAAGCUGUGGGGAGCGUAAGACAAAAUAAGCAAGCACUGUUCUAGAAUGUCAACACAGUCCUAGCGUGAUGUUUAUGUGUGUGUGUGUGUGUGUGUGUGUGUGUGUGUGUCUGGUCGUCUCAGUUGUCACCUUGUAGUGAAAUUGUUUAACCUCCCUGCUCAGCACUACAUAACUUACAGUUCAAGUAAGGUAUCGUUAUUUAAUGAUUUAAAGCUCCUUUUAGAGUUAAAGGCAAUGUAUUUUUCCUUAACAUAUUUGAUGGAUGUUUCCACUGAUUUAGCCAGCCCUUGCAGUUUCCAUUAAAUGAUUCCAUUUCCCCGAGACAUAACAAUUACCACGCGUUAUAUUUUUUUCCUUGUUCUAAUAUGUUUUUCAAGCUAAUGUAGUGAGUAUGACUUUGCUUACAGUUUUUGCAUAUACAUUUUUAAGUAUCAUAUAAUACAUUCGUUUUAUACCGUUAAACUGAAGGUGACAGUCAUUUCUAAGUAGAAAGAUAUGUUUGGUGGAAACGCCCACGUUCAAGCAUCAUUUCCUUUUUAGAGAUAUCAAAGAUGUUACUGAGUUGGCAAUAAAAGAAAGAAGAUGAAGUAUAGGCUUAUUCAGAUUAGCUGACGGUAAGACUGAUGUAACAGAGAGGUCUAGUUUGAAGUCAGUAUAAGAACACAUAAAAAAAAAAAAAAAAAAAAAAGACAAACCAGGAAACAGGCGGAAGAGAACGUCUAUGUUGGUUUAGCUCGACAACCAUGAGCAGCAACUUUUUUUGCGCUCUUCUCAUACUUGCCUUCCUGGAAUCAGGCAAAUCAAACAAUGGUGUAUCUAUUAGUCACAGGCGAGAUGGAGAUGGCCAGAACAUUACCUGUGUCCUCUCAGGGGAUGAAAACAUGACACAAAUCAACUGGGAGAUGCUAAGAGGCCCGAAUCGCACCAAACUGGGAACGUAUCAUCCUCUUUUUGGAAUUUACAUAGUGAAAGAAUAUGAGACUAAAGUAAAGAUCCAGAGCAAAAAAUCUCCUCACCCGUCAUCAUCCCUUCUCAUUAAAGUGGCGCCGAAUGAGAGUGUGCUAAUCUGUUGUGCGUUCAUAACAUUUCCUUCGGGUAAACUUGAGCACUGUAUCGAUAUCAGUAAGAAAGAUGUCAAUAUCAACACGUCUAUGAUCAAAGAUUUUACAUAUGUGGAACCAGAGCCAAAGCUGGGAUUGUUUGGAAAUCUGGGUGUAAUGAUCAUUGGAACUAUCCUCUCCCUUUUUAUCCUGACCAUCCUUUUCUAUUUAUGCAGAAAAAACAGCUGUAGAAGGAGGAAGUCGUUUAAAAUACGAACAUACUUGACAGACUCCCCGGCUGAGACAUUUGCUGAAGAAUCAGUCGAUGAACCAACUUCUCAUAGUUCUGCUAAUGGCUUUGACGCCGCAAAACUUUAUGCCAAGAUCAAAAACGACCUUUUCUAUGGCCGGCUGUGGAAGUCUUACCAAGGCCAACCCAAACCAUGGACAGAAGGUACCGUGACUGAUCACGGACAUGUUUAUCACCUGUUAGGACAGAGCCCCUUACCGCAAAGAAAUGUGGAGGACAGCCCCUUGAAGCCAGAAACAACAGAAUGAUUACGUUACGGCAUUAUUUUUGAAUUAUUUGUGUACUGUAAAAUAGCUUAAAGCAGUUUGCAAUGCGUAAUAUUAGAAAAAGAAUACAUUUAAAUAAAUAAAUAUUUUGUUUUGUUUUCAAGAUAAAUAAAUCCUGAAAACACUGAAUAAACUUUUAUGUGAGAAUUUAACAGUCAUGCAAGUCCCAGGUCUUUUCUCUGCAGGCACGUCUUUCAAGGCCAAUUUGAAAAUAAAUUACAAUAAUUAAUAUAGCUAUAUAUGGUUCAAGUUAAUUGAUUUAUUAUUGUUUUAUUAUUGAAAGAUUUAUUAUUUCUUAGUAUCUCCUUGUUAAUUAAAUCAUGCUUAUGUAAUAGUAGAAUAUAUAAAGUUUUGGUUAAAUAAAAUGAUCACUUUGCAAUUUAUUACCACACAUUGUAUGUGUUUGAUACAGUUUGAUUACACGUACCGUCUCUACAUUUAAUAAAAAUUAAGUGCUUAAUCUUGUCAUUAUACAUUACCAUCACUCUCUUGUCCUAUUUAACACCGUUCAGUGCUUUGACACAACCUGUAUUGUUAAAAGCGCUAUAUAUAAAAGUGAUUUGAUAUUCGCAUAGUUUCCUUAUUCAAAUUGGAAAGAGUAAGAGAUAAAGAAAACAGACACACACAAAAAUAUCAGACUGUUUUUUUUAUAUAUUUUUGUAAAUCUGUUGCAGGCUACCUACCUUAACAUUUAUGAUCAGUGCUAUUCAAAUCAUUUUGUAUUCUUUCUAUCAGUUUUCUUUUUAUUUAUUAUACAAUUAACAAAAAAGCCUCUAAUACUUGCUCUAUUUUUCUUGUAUUGUUUUCUUUUUCAAUAAAAAAAUAAAACCUUGCUAUGUUUACUGUAUUAAGCUGACUGAAACGAGUUAUAGCACUCUUUGCUCUUUUCUUGAUUUUGAUUGUUUUCAUUGUCCUCAUUUGUGACUAGCUUUGGAUAAAAGCAUCUGCUGAAUGGCUGCAUGUAAAUAUAAAUGAAAUGCUAUUUACUUUAAGGGAGAAGGAAAUGUUGUGCACUUCCUGUAUCUAGCUCGGGUUCUGGUUUAUACUUCCUGCUUGUAGCUACAGGUUCCCAUAACCUGCGAGUAUAAACGCUUUUUAGGCUUUUUUUACGAGUCUAUUAUAUAAAACUGCAAUGUCGCCUUCUACUCGCUUGGUGGGGCUACGAUACUGUUUUUAAAAAGAAAAUCUCUUACGAAAUGGCCUCGUGUCUAUCUCUUGAAUGUUUUUUAAUGUUUUCGAAACACAUUAGAGACCUUUGUCACGGCUGUAUCCAAACGUGCGUCUGAAUAAUCAUUAACAUUUGGUUAAAGAAAACAUGCUUUACUUGUUAGCUAACCAAAAGAAAUAUGUCCAGACUGUUUUUACAAGCCUGCAGGAGUUGAAAGUCCUUGUUAGACGGUCUUGUCACGACUCUCGCG